GCAGUGGCGGAUCCGGUUUGGCUCAGGGCGGGGCUGGCGGGGCUGGCGGGGCUGCGAGGGUGAAUGUGGGGAGCCCGGCGGCGGCAGAAUGGUGGCCCCCGAGAAGGAGCAGAGCUGGAUCCCCAAGAUCUUCAGGAAGAAGAUCUGCACCACGUUCAUAGUCGACCUCUCGGACCCCGGAGGGACCCUGUGCCAGUGCGGGCGCCCCCGGAAAGCCCACCCCUCGGUGGCCGUGGAGGACGCGUUCGGGGCAGCGGUGGUGACCGUGUGGAGCAGUGAUGUGCACACCACGGAGAAGCCCACCGACGCCUACGGCGAGCUGGAGUUCCUGGGCGCCGGCCGCAGGCCCAGCAAUUUCCUCCGGCUGUCUGACCGCACGGAUCCAGCAACUAUUUAUAGCUUGGUCACCCGAACAUGGGGCUUUCGAGCCCCAAACCUGGUGGUGUCUGUCCUGGGGGGUUCGGCGGGCCCCGUCCUCCAGACCUGGCUGCAGGACCUGCUAAGACGUGGGCUAGUGCGGGCCGCCCAGAGCACAGGGGCCUGGAUUGUCACCGGGGGGCUGCACUCCGGCAUCGGCAGGCACGUGGGCGUGGCAGUGCGGGACCACCAGACGGCCAGCACCGGCGGCAGCAAGGUGGUGGCCAUGGGUGUGGCACCCUGGGGCGUGGUCCGGAACCGAGACACCCUCACCAACCCCAAGGGCUCCUUCCCUGCAAAGUACCGGUGGCGCGGCGACCCUGAGGAUGGGGUGGAGUUCCCCCUGGACUACAACUACUCCGCCUUCUUCCUGGUGGACGACGGCACCCACGGCCGUGCGGGUGGCGAGGACCGAUUCCGCCUGCGCUUCGAGUCCUACGUGGCGCAGCAGAAGACGGGCGUGGGCGGGACUGGAAUUGACAUCCCUGUCCUCCUCCUCCUGAUCGAUGGUGACGAGAGGAUGCUGAAGCGGAUAGAGGAUGCCACACAGGCCCAGCUCCCCUGCCUCCUGGUGGCUGGCUCUGGGGGUGCCGCCGACUGCCUGGCUGAGACCCUGGAAGACUCUCUGGCCCCAGGGAGUGGGGGCACCAGGAGAGGUGAAGCCCGAGACCGGAUCAGGCGUUUCUUCCCCAAAGGGGACCCCGAGGUCCUGCAGGCCCAGGUGGAGAGGAUCAUGACCCGGAAGGAGUUGCUGACCGUCUAUGCGUCGGAGGAUGGCUCCGAGGAGUUCGAGACCAUUGUUUUGAAGGCCCUCGUGAAGGCCUGUGGGAGCUCCGAGGCCUCGGCCUACCUGGACGAGCUGCGUCUGGCUGUGGCUUGGAACCGCGUGGACAUCGCCCAGAGUGAACUCUUCCGAGGGGACAUCCAGUGGCGGUCCUUUCACCUGGAGGCGUCGCUCAUGGACGCCCUGCUGAAUGACCGGCCCGAGUUCGUGCGCCUGCUCAUCUCCCACGGCCUCAGCCUGGGCCACUUCCUCACGCCCGUGCGCCUGGCCCAGCUCUACGGCGCGGCGCCCGCGCACUCGCUCAUCCGCGCGCUGCUGGACCAGGCGGCCCACGGGGCGGCCACCAAAGCCCCGGGGCACAAAGGGGGCGCUGAGGAGCCCCGGCCGCCUCAGGUGGGACAAGUACUGAGAACGCUGCUGGGGGAGACGUGCGCGCCGAAGUACCCCGCCGUGAACGCCCGGGACCCGCACACCGGCAAGGGCUGCAGAGAGAGCGUGUGUCUACUCUCGGAUUGGGCCGCCUCGGAACCAGCGCUGGAAGCCAGCUUUGGGCAGGCGCCCUGGAGCGAUCUCUUCCUCUGGGCACUGCUGCUCAACAGAGCCCAGAUGGCCAUGUACUUCUGGGAGAUGGGCUCCAACGCUGUGUCCUCUGCUCUCGGGGCCUGCCUACUGCUCCGAGUGAUGGCCCGCCAGGAAACCGAGACUGAGGAGGCGGCCCGGCGGAAGGAGCUGGCGAGCAAGUUUGAGAGCAUGGGUGUUGACCUCUUUGGGGAGUGCUACCGCAGCAGCGAGACAAGGGCAUCCCGCCUGCUUCUCCGUCGCUGUCCCCUCUGGGGCGACGCCACCUGCCUCCAGCUUGCCAUGCAGGCUGACGCUCGUGCCUUCCUUGCCCAGGAUGGGGUCCAGUCUGUGCUGACGCAGAAGUGGUGGGGGGAGAUGGACAGCACCACCCCCACCUGGGCCCUGGUUCUCACCUUCUUCUGCCCCCCACUGAUCUACACCAACCUCAUCGCCUUCAGGAAACUGGAAGAGGAGGCAACACAGAGGAGCCCUGGCGUUGACAUGGACGGGGGCAUUAAUGGAGAGGGUCCCAUUGGACCCAAGGACCCUCUGGAGAAGGUGCAGCCGCCGGGCCGCGGGGGGCGCUGCUCGGGGCGCCGCUGCCUGCGCCGCUGGUCGCGCUUCUGGGGGUCGCCGGUGACCGCCUUCCUGGGCAACGUGGUCAGCUACCUGCUCUUCCUGCUGCUCUUCGCGCGCGUGCUGCUGAUCGACUUCCAGCCUGGGCCGCCGUGCGCCUGGGAGCUGCUGCUGUACUUCUGGGCCUUCACGCUGCUCUGCGAGGAGCUGCGCCAGGGCCUGGGCGGCGGCUGGGGCAGCCUGGCCAGCGGGGGCCCCCGGCCCGGGCACAUCCCGCUGCGCCGCCGCCUGCAGCUCUAUCUGGCCGACGCCUGGAACCAGUGCGACCUGCUGGCCCUCACCUGCUUCCUGCUGGGCGUGGGCUGCCGGCUGACCGUGGGUCUGUAUCACCUGGGCCGCACGGUGCUGUGUCUCGACUUCAUGAUCUUCACGCUGCGGCUGCUACACAUCUUCACUGUGAACAAGCAGCUGGGACCCAAGAUUGUCAUCGUGAGCAAGAUGAUGAAAGAUGUCUUCUUCUUCCUCUUCUUCCUCUGCGUCUGGCUGGUCGCCUACGGCGUGGCCACUGAGGGGCUGCUAAGGCCCCAAGACCGUGAUCUCCCCAGUAUCCUGCGUCGGGUCUUCUACCGGCCCUACCUGCAGAUCUUUGGGCAGAUCCCCCAGGAGGACAUGGAUGUGGCCCUCAUGACGCCCAUGAACUGCUCCUCCGAGGAGGGCGCCUGGGCUCAGCCUCCCGGGCGCCUGGCGGGCUCCUGCGUCUCCCUGUAUGCCAACUGGCUAGUGGUGCUGCUCCUCGUCAUCUUUCUGCUCGUGGCCAACAUCCUGCUGCUCAAUUUGCUCAUCGCCAUGUUCAGCUACACCUUUGGCAAAGUACAGGGCAACAGUGACCUCUAUUGGAAGGCACAACGCUAUAGCCUCAUCCGGGAAUUCCACUCUCGGCCUGCACUGGCCCCGCCCCUCAUCGUCAUCUCCCACGUGCGACUCCUCAUGAGGCGCCUGUGUAGGAGCCGCCGCCGACGGUCCAGCACACCUGCCUCUCCGGCCAUGGAGCACUUUCGUGUCCACCUCUCCAAGGAGGCCGAGCGGACGCUGCUGACUUGGGAGUCGGUGCAGAAGGAGAGCUUCCUGCUGGCCCGCACGCGGAACAAGCGGGACAGCGACUCUGAGCGGCUGAAGCGCACCUCUCAGAAGGUGGACUUGGCGCUGAAGCAGCUGGGACAGAUCCGGGAGUAUGAUCAACGUCUGAAAGGGCUGGAGCGGGAGGUCCAGCACUGUGGCCGCGUCCUGGACUGGGUGGCCGAGGCCCUGAGCCGCUCCACUGUGCUGCCACCGGGCGGGCCACCGCCCCCUGCACGGCCCAGCUCGAAAGACUGAGCGCUGCUGGCCUUCACGGAGUGGCCCCCAGGGUCCUGCUCCUGGACCAAGGCCCAGGCGGCCCCACCUGUGUGCCCGACGGCCUUGUCCCUGAGCUGGGCCAGGUUCAGGGACCACGGUGGGGACACCCUGGGGAGUGUCGCCCAUGCGAGCACGCAGGCGCGGCUCCUCCCAGCACCAGCCCCGCCGUGGGAGGAUCAGGGUGUGCGGCGCAGGCUGCCGACCCCCGGAGGGACCUGCCCCAGUGGGGGCCACAGGGGGGUCCUUGGGGCAACGGGGACCACUGACCCUAUUCCAAGCUUCCCCACACUGGGGAAAUAAAGCCUGUGAGAUCAGUAG